UCUGUUCACCGCAUAGUCUCAUUUAUGGUAUCAACAGCGUUCUCGCUGGACGCUGCCGUGAAGUCCAUCAACGAAGAUGGAUUCGUGGAUUUGGAAGACAUGUCAGUGGGUGAACUGGUUUCGGAGAUGGAGGAGAAGGGUUUUACCUUCUUGUCGAUGUAUGGCCUUGACUACUGCAACAACCACAUCCUUAGCGACACGCGCAUCAAAUCUAUACUUGAGUCACUCCUUCACAAGUGUAGCCUUGGACAUUUAUUGCGAUACACUGCCUUCCCCGGACAUAUUGAGUCCUUCAGAAAAGGGGGACCGAAGGCUGGUUUGCGUGUUAUUGUAGUCCAGCAGUGGGCAAAAGGUUCACAGGUUGUUUAUUAUGGCGGCUCUCACAAACACAAUUUUCCAACAGUCAAUGGUAUACGACAGUUACACGAGACACAGACGACUGCACUUUACGAGAUGGGCUGUGGCGCUAUCGUAAGAAACUUUCCAGAUGGAGGCUUUCCGCGACGCUCGACUCUAUGCUGAAACUA